GAAAGGUCAAAUUCCGCUGCUGUCGUGUUUGUUGCGAUCUUCGUGGAUUUUGUCUGCUUCUCCAGAUUUUUGUAUGCUAAAUCGUUUUGUAUUACCAAUCAUUGUGUUGCUGUGAUUUUUACGACGAUUCGAACGUCGACAUGGGUGAAAAAGAAGAAGCCGCUCCGGUACUUUUGCAGUGCCUUGAGAGCGGCCGAGUGGACGUGAUUUGCUCAAUCUUGUCACAAAUGAAGAACCAACCGGACUUUCACGUUCAAGUCGAUAAACUUUGCUGCAAGGAAGGAACACUACUUCAUAAAGCUGUUGAGCUAGAUGCUGCUGAUAGUGUAGCUUCUUUGCUUUCCGGAGGUGUAAAUCCAUGUGUACAAAACUUGGAUGGUAAAACAGCCUAUCAAUGCUGCAAAUCAGAAAAUGUUCGGUUGUCAUUCGUCCGAGAAGCUUUGCAGUCAAUUAACAUGAACAAAACUGAACGUCUAUGCCAACUUAUUCGUGCCGGAGUACACGUUGAUUCGUUCGACACGCCACAAACAAAGAAUACACUUUUAAAUUGGGCUGCUGAUUUUGCUACAUUGGAAGUUGUAAAAGCAUUGCUCACAAAUGGCGCCACUGUUGAUCUUGCAAAUUCGAAAGACGAGACUCCUCUUCAUACUGCUAUUCUGAGAAAAGCAGAUCCAGAAAUUGUGAAACUUCUACUUUCUUCCGGAGCAAAUCCUGCACUCAAAACAAAAAAGGAUCAAGAUGCUUUUGCACUUGCUGAAACUCACAAUCCAUCUCUUCUAUCACUUCUCAGCAUGGAUCAAAUAGCUAGAGAUGUUAGACAUCAUAGAUCAGUUGAUGACAUGGACGAUCGAAUGUCUUUGAUUUCAUGCACAGAAACUCUGAAUACCCAAAUUUUCAACGAUUCCGUCAAGUACGAUAAGUACAUUGAAGGUGAAAUCGACUCUUGGACAGAUCUUCUUUGGCCUCAACCAAAACUUAUUUCCAUAAAGCCCCAUUCUGCUCGGAACUUUGAAUUCCCGAAAGACGGGAAACUUAAAGUCUACUUUGAUGAUUGUUCGAGUGCCAAUCCUCGACAAGUAAUGCAAAUUAUAGAACUCAGCAAGCCACUUUUGAUCAGUGUAGGAGUCGAUAUAGAAUACAGAGGACAUCGGUUGGCAGAUCACGAAACAUCUUCAUUGGAAGGAAAGGUGACAUGUGGAGUGUUUGAAGAUGGACGUCCUUCUGGCUCAUAUACACUUACAAUCGAUGCAAUCAGAGGAGUCGAAGUUGUUGGAUCUGAUUAUGCUGGAAUCCGUCACGCAUUUGCAACGUUCGUACAAAUUGUUCGGCUGCACAAAUUUGCACAACAUAAGCAGUCUGGAGUUAGCAACGGAGUUUCCAAUUCGUCUAAUGGAACCAAUGGACAUGCUAGUGGAGAUCAUAGUCAUUCCAACGGGAAUAGUGUUUCAAAACAGUUGACUGACAUUAGCUCUGACGGAACAAUCAAGGAACUUACUAUUAGGGAUCAACCUGAUCGAGCAUUCAGAGCUGUAUAUCAAGACUUUUCAGGAUGUAGAAUCCUCAAUCCUGACACUAUCCUAAAAUUAGCAACUCGAUUAUCAUCUUGUAAAGCCAAUUAUUUAUUCGUUAAUUUUGAAGUAAGAACCACUGAUCGUUAUCAACUGCCAUAUACAAAUCGGGAACUGUUCCACAUGAUGCAAGUGUGCCAGGAGUUGUUCAUAACUUUUGUUCCGUCAAUUGAUACUCAAUCAAAUUAUCUGGAGGGCGAUCAAGCAAGAAUUAUCAUCGACCAAUUUUUAGAUGACUUUCCAUUAUGCAAAGUAGUUCAUUUUGGACCAAAUCUUGCCAGUCUUUUGAUUGCAGAUAGGAAACUUUUGACAUCGAUUCAACGCCGUAUUCCACGUAUUUAUCUCUCCACACAUGUUGAUGAAAAGAAUGGGCCUCUUCUCUCUACACUUCCUCCAUUCGUUACGUUGUGUGUAGAAGGAACUUGGCCAUUUGAAGUAGAAAGAUAUGUUUCACCUCGGGUUUCUGUUGUAAUUAAGUUCUCGACUGGUGACGACGGAUAUUUGUGUGCUUCACCUGAAUCAGUUGCCAAGAAAGCACUUUUGGCAGCAAAACUGAGUGAUCGCCAGACUGUUCUUGGAUCGAUGGUUUGCGACUUAUCCACUGGAUGUGAAGCUAUGCCUCCUUCCCUUUCAUACAUGUCCCUUCUUGCAUCUGUUGGUGUUGCGUAUAAUAGCUCAACUGAUAUGAAGAAAUAUGCAUUUUUGCUUCCUGUUAUCGCAGCACAUCACAUGCUCCUUGACGGAGACAUGGUUAGUCUAUUUGAGCAAGUUCAAACUCUAGGCAAAGUUGAGCAUCAAUUGACAAAAUAUGCAUACGGAUACUGGAAGCCAAACAGUAGUAGUUCUCCAAACGCUGACAGUUCAUCUACAUCGGAAACUACACUUUUCGGAAUGUCUGCAAACAAGAAGAUGCCAAUUUCAGUUUUUGUUGAGAUGAUUUUGAAUCCAGAAAAUAUGAAUAUGGAACGAUUAACCCCUGUCGUGUUCAAAAAAGCCCGUAUCGAGUUGAAACGAACUUCAUCUGUCUUGGACGCUACCAGCAAACUUUUACCAUAUAGUUACGAUCUCGCUCUAGUUUUGGAAGAGAUUCGUCUGGUUACCGAAUUGAUGGUUCUCGUAAGCAAGCUUGGUCAAUAUAUGUGUGUCUAUGGAAGCCAACCAAUCGAUCGGAAGAAAAGCUUCGAAGAAGGGUUACCGUAUUCACCAGGACGUGUAGGAGUUAUUAACUUGCCACCUGCAAUUCGCACUGAUUUGGCUAAUACAAUGCUACGCGUCCGUGGCCAAUUUCAACAUGUUUGGUUAUCCCGAUCAAUUCCAAGUACUCUGCAGAAUGCUCUCAAAAUGUUCGAUAAUUUGUUCAGAGCACUAUUGCCUCAUGAUUUACAAGAAAUGGGUAAACAAUUAUUGUGAUGGAAUCGAACCUAUCGAUGUAUUAAAAAUGUGAUAUCUCUCCAAACCGUUGUGAUUUGUUAAAUAGCCUUAAUUUAUUUUUUUCCAUGGAGUUUAUUAAUUGACGUUUACUGCCUUAUUUUCUAUCGCCUGGCCUUUUGUUUCUAAUUCGUGUAUAAUUAAAUUCUCAAGCCUCAAUUGUUCCUUCUUUCGCUUUUUCACAACCGGGAAUCGUGCAAUUAUUUGAUUGUUAAUGUGUUUCUUAUUUAUUACAUAUAAUAAAUAUGCAGGAAAAAAACAUAAAUCGGAUCUAGAUAU